GUUUCGGACUGUACCGAAGUAGACGACUGCUGUGCCUGGUCGUUGAAGCUUGAACGUGUGAAGCAGUUACGAGCUAGAAGUGCAUGCUGCCAGUGAAGUUGUGGAGACGAGCGACGAGUGUUAGCUGGUGAGAUAUACAAGCCUGUGUACACGGUGAGAUUGAUCUGCUGCAAUAGUGAGUAACGUGUUUUUUUGUUUUUGAUUCGAUAGCUACCGCAAUCAUCGUAAUGUCUACGCCUGGUAUGAUUGGGUCUAUUGACCAGUACCAACGGCAUAAAUCGUUUGCAAAUUAUGUGGAGCGUUUUGAGAUAUUAUGUAAGCUUAAUAAAGUGUCAGCUGAGACUAAACAGUCAUGGUUUAUUUCCGUAAGUGGAGAUGAAGUUUUUGACGAGGUCAAGUUGAUUUUCCCAAAAAAGGAAGUUAGUGAAAUACCUUACGAUGAGAUGAUAAAAAAACUAAAGGCUCGUCUGGAUAAAGUUGAGCCGGCUUUAAUGAAUCGUUACGAAUUUUACAACCGUUUGCAGAGAUCGAAUGAGUCAGCUGAGAAUUUCGUAUUAGCGGUUAAAUUACUUGCCGAAAAUUGUAACUUCAGGGAAUUCAAAGACGAAGCUAUUCGUGACCGUUUGAUAAUUGGCCUACGAGAUAAAGAGUUAAGGAAGAAAUUGCUUAUGGACGAUGAGGUAAAUUUGGAAACGGUAGAAAAAACUAUUAUCAGUAGUGAGAAAGCAGAAAACAGAGCAGAGCAUAUGGACGACUACGGUGAAUCUAGCAAAGUGCUUUCGGUUAAACAGCGGCUAGGCAGAAAGUUCAGCGACAGUGACCGUGAAAGAGACAGGGACAGAGUUCGCAAUCGCAGUUGGAGUCGUGAUCGCAGUAGGAGCAAUGAGCGUGGUAGGAAUGACCGGUAUAGAAAUCGUACUCGCGAGUGGACUGGGGACUACCAGCAAGAUAAUCGUGAAAAUCGGUUUAAGAAUUUCCAUACUAGUGCGGUUUGUAACUAUUGUAAGCGCAAGGGUCAUAUCCGCAAAAAUUGUUAUUUUUUGCAAAACAAUAAUCGUGGAAAAACAGUUAAUUUCGUCGAAAAAGAGGAAAUCGCGGAAACUUCGGUCAGUGAUAAGUUUGACAGGAUACGCGUUAAUGAUACCACUGAAGAAGAUUCGGAUAUUAGCUGCAUGAUGAUUCGGCGCAUAAACAAGGUUACAGAAGCAUGUUUGGUCGAUGUGUUGGUUGAGGGCAUAAAGCUGGCUAUGGAAGUGGAUACGGGCUCAGCGGUAGCAGUUAUUAGUGAAAUGUUAUACAGACAAAGCUUCUCAUCUAUCCCGAUUUCCAAAUGCGAUAAAACACUUGUUGUCGUGAAUGGAUCCAAAAUUGCCGUGGUUGGAGAGAUUUCAGUUGGAGUAAUUUUGAAUGGUAUUAGCGCUGAGAGAAGAUUGAUUGUUCUUAAUACGUCUAGAGAUUUCACACCGCUUCUUGGCAGAGAUUGGAUGAAGGUGUUCUAUCCAAAUUGGAAGGACCAUUUCAUGCAACCUCGCUCAGUAAACAGUUUAGAUGACACCAAAGACACCGAACAGGUUUUAAGUACGAUUAAACAAAGAUACUCCAAAGUGUUCAAUAAAGACUUUACUGAGCCAAUUGCAGGUUUUGAAGCGGAGCUUACCUUGAAAUCAGAACAGCCAAUCUUCAAAAAGGCGUACCAGGUGCCAUUUAAAAUUAAGGAUAAAUUUUUGGAACAUCUAAACAUGCUGGAGAACCAGGGAGUAAUUACACCCAUUCAAGCUAGCGAGUGGGCUUCUCCAGUCAUAGCUGUGAUGAAGAAGGAUGGAGAUGUUAGAAUGAUUCUGAUCGGUAAGCAUAAGACGAAUGCACAUAGACGACAACUGAAGGCUGUUCACGAAUCCAAGCGAAACCGAACAGUGGUCCACUUCCCAGUCACUGCCAACGCGAUGAAUAAACGUAGAAGGGACUCAAUCGAGGAUGAUGACGAUUUCUAUGGAUUUCCGGAGGAACCGACAUCUGAUCGCAUACACGAAAGGAAGAAGGCCAAGCUCGUCCGAAGUCCCAUCAACACCCGUUCGAGAGCAGCCCGACAUAGCUAGGCAUCAACUUGCUGGAGCUAAAUUACCAUCGUCAACGAGUUUUGAUAUCGAAUGUUUGAAGUGCUUUGAAUUAUUGAAAUGUUCAUUCUGAAAUUUAUUUGAUUAUUGUCUUUUCUUAAGAAGGGAGAACUAUAGUGUCUACCCUAAUCUGAACUAUAUAUCGAUAUGUUAUCCAGUAACGCAUCUGAAAAGAGACUGAGAGUCCAUCAAUAAAGAGCUAGCUCAGUCUAGCAUGAGCCGUUGCAUGAGACGGAGUCGGAACGUA